GCGCACUACAGUUUGUUUGUUGUUAUUUCCCUAGCUUGUUAGCUAGCAUCACAGAGAACCGACUCUGGGAAAUCUCUUAUUGGUGUUACUUACGUUUAUAUUAAAAUGUCUAUUCCGUUACUUCUCAGGGUUUUCAUAAACGAGCGACUAACAGCCGCUGCCGAUGAAAUAUUUCAGGUUUUUGAAGCAACAAUAGCAAAAUAUGAAGAAGACGUUUGUAACUCCAAACAGGAGAUUGAACGCCUCAAGAGUCUGCUACAGGAGUUUGUGUCGAACCAGAAAACAGACUCUCAAUCAUCCAUCUGUAAAGAGGAAAGUACCCCUGAGCAGGAGCAAAGCGUCGGUAUUAGUCAGAGAGACCCAGAGCCUCGGCACAUUAAAGAGAAAGAGCAUGAACUCUUGGCUAGUUGGCAACAAGAGGAAGGACAGGCACAAGAGUAUAAGGAAGCAGAUGACUUACACCUAUCUCAUUCAUCUGUCUGGGAAAAGAAUGAGCAGGAGUACAUAACACUGACUUUGCAACCUCACACUGAAAACAGUGAAAGUGUGGAACAGUUUCAGGAGUUGGAGGAAACUAAAGGUGAAGAGUUUAUGCUGCCUCUCAUGUCAACUCUAUCUGCACAACCUCAGAUCCACAAUGAAACAAUCCAAGGUGUCAGUGAAGGUGAAAGAUCUGCUGCAAGUUUUUCAUCAAACCAAACACAGACAGAACUAAACCAGAGUUGUUUGAUCACUUCUGGGAAAUCCACUGAUGUAGCCCAUUUGAAUUCAUUUGCACCCGACUGUCAUUGCUAUUUAUGUGAUAAAUUAUUUUCCUCCAAUCAACACUUGAUAAGUCAUGCCUUCCACAUGCAUUCAAAGGAUGCAGGUGUCCUCUGUGUUGUCUGUGGAAAUACCUUGGAGUCCACUGAGAGUCUUAUUGUGCAUCUUAAAUCACACAAGGGCUCAAAAUGUUGUCAUGUGUGUGGCAAACACUGCAACAGCGCCACUGCCAUGGCUGAGCAUAUGACCCGCCACACUGGGGUGAAACUGCACCACUGUCAUGUUUGUGGGAAAGGGUGCAGUCAGAAAGGAGAUUUGAAGAUACAUAUGAGGAUUCACACGGGCGAGAAGCCUUUCAGCUGCUCUUACUGUUGUAAAAGGUUCACCCACAGCGGACACCUGAGGAAGCACCUGAGAAGCCACACGGGAGAGAGACCGCACUGGUGUGAAGUCUGCGGCAGAGGAUUUUUACAGAGUGUGCACUUGAAAUACCACUUAGGGACUCACACUCAAAAAUAUUGACUUUUUCAUCCACUGUGGCCUGUAUUUAUUAAACUGUAGAAGAGCAAACAGGAGUAAAAAUGAGCAGUAAGACGCCUACAUAUGUGCUCUAUUGCUUAUUCUUACAUUAAGCUGAGAAAUAUGUUUUAAGAUUACUAUAAAUUUACUAUGCAAGUUAAAUUUGCUUGUCCGAAAUCUUUAAUAUCCACUUAAAAUAUUUGAAUUUGAUAAAAGAAGAAAAUGAAACUGGAGAAAGUUUUCUAUUUGUGUAGCUGGUUUUCAUUAAAAAAAAUCAUAAGGACAGUUUAGGGACACUGACAAGUGCAGACAGUGAAGAUUCAUGGGAAGUGUUAACCAAAACCAAUACCAGCUUUAUUUGUGUCGUUUGCACCCCUGACAAAUGAACAUUGUCACAAAUGUAAACAGUGGACUAAAACUAGCGUAUUGUAAAUUAUACCCAUUGUUUUGUAAUGGUGUCAUCUAGAUCAUAUUCUUGACCUACCUGAGAGAUUUGUGGAGGCCUCUUAAUUUUAUUUAUUUUUUUUUCUUUUAUCUGUGACUGAAGUACAAAAUAUUACUGUUUGAUAAAUACAGGCCCUGAGGUGGGCGGUGCACAUUACUCAAUAACAACAGUGUGCUUUUUUCCCCCCCAGUACAUUUUCAGUAAUAUCAUUGCUGUUAACAUCAAUAAACAAACUGCUUUUGCUUUUGUAA